CACCGCCAUCUUAUUGUACUCUCUUCUGGGCAUCGCUGCGUCGCUGCAGGAGUACUAGUAGUACUGGCAAGCUGGUACCAGGUAUUUAAGAACGCGAGCACCCCCUUCGAACUCUUACGGUAGCAGGAUCCCGUCAAAGAACUGUUGGGGGUCUUUUUCUGGUUACUGCAUCAAUACUAGUACCCGCCAUUCAUACGCGUACGCGUACCAGGUAUACUAGUAGUUUAUCACAAAUUCCGCGAAUUUGAUACGAGUUUCGAGAAAGAAAGAAAGAAGGAAGGAAAGAAGGAUGUGUUCCGAAGAAGACGACAGGAAGAAUCCUCGUCCCGUGCACGUUACGCUCGCCGAGGACGUCAAGACCGGCAAGGAUGGGCAGACGGAGGGGAUGGAGAGGCAGACCGCCAUAGUCAACCUCUCGCCCUCGAUCUGCGGGACCUUGAUGCGCGCACAGCCGCACACCGCCUCGGCCGUGCACCACCACGGCAGCCAGGACACGAUCGUGUACGCGGUUAGUGGGCACGGGAGCCUGGUCACCUCGUCGAACGACAGCGACGGCGACACCAGGCACGAUCUUAAGCCCGGCGAUUGGGCCCUCAUCCCGGCGUACCGCGAGCAUCAGGAGGUCAAUGAUGGCGAGGACGAGGCUGUUUGGGUCAUUGUCCGGGCGCCCUCGGGAGUGCCGCAGGUUGAGAACCUGAAGGGCUGGGGGGAUAGCAGACACUAACUACCUUCCGGGGUACAUGUUUGUGAAGAUGUGUGCAAGAUACAAGUUAGGGACGGAUCGAAAACGACAGGACUCAAGUCUUUUCACCAUCCUUGACGGUUGCAAGAUUUGAGCAGUGCCAGAGGGAAGCCAUGAAAAGCUCUGGGCAGGAGAGGACUGGCCACGGACGGCGAGAUAGACACAUUUGGCAAUGAAGACGACGCCGACAAGACAAACCCGGCGCUGGCCAAAUGCGCAUGAGGUGAAUUGCCGUCUGGUGAAGCCGUUCCAGCCGAGAAGAUUGCAUGAUAGCACGACCAGCAGGGCGUGGCGACGAAUUCCUUUUGUCCAGCAUCGGCCGGAUUCCUCUACACAAUACUCUGUACAGCUUCCUUAGCCAAAUCGCC